AAGAAACCAUCAGUCAUCUCCAUGAGGCCAUUAAACCACUAAUCUCUGAGCUUCACUGAGUCCCUCUUUGAUUGGUGUUCAUCGUUUAGUUGGUAUUCAUAGAUGGGAAAAAUUCAAAAAACAGUGCGCUCCAACGUUCAAAAAAAAUAUUAUAACCCUCGUGAUGUUUCGCAAAGUUACAUGUGAACAAAGUAAAAGAAGUCAUCCCAUACCCUAUAAAUUGGCAGCAGCACCAGUUCAUCAUCAGGCCUUCCUCCCUACGUUAAGAAACAAAGGAACUCCCUUUUGCCCUUCUCCCAUUCCCUUUGCUUCUUCUCCCACCAGCUUCCACAGUCCCAUAUAUUCUCUCAACCACAGCCCCAAACAAAUCAAAACCCACUACCACCAAAUGAAGAAUUCCAAAUGGGCCUUGAAGCUUUGCUUCAUCUUUACUUAUCUGGUUAUGUUCUCAUCUCAUUCCUUGGCUCAAGGAGGUGGUGAUGAUGGCUUUCCACCUUGCUCACAGGCAGACAGAGCAGCCCUCCUCAGCUUCAAAGCCGGCAUCUCAAUGGACACCACAGGCAUCCUGUCCUCAUGGACUGGUCUUGACUGCUGUGGAGCUUGGGAGGGAAUAGAAUGCCACCCCACCACAGGGAGGGUCAUCAGCUUGCAACUUCAAAGGCCUCAAGGUGAAGGUGGUAAUGCCCUUUUCAUGAGGGGCACUCUCUCCCCAUCUUUGGGUAGCCUCCAGUUCUUGGAAGCGUUGGUGAUCAGUGGAAUGAAGCAGAUUAGAGGUACCAUUCCUGAGAGGUUGUCAGGGUUGGCCCACCUCACCCAGCUUUACCUUGAGGGCAACAUGCUUCAAGGCUUCAUCCCUUCAAGCUUGGGGAGGUUAACCUCCCUGAAGGCCCUCUCACUGAGUGGGAACCAAUUGCAAGGCCAGUUGCCUCCAAGCCUGGGGUCUAUUGGUGGUUUGCUUCAAAUUAAUGUUGGAAGGAAUCUUCUGACAGGUCCAGUACCACCCACUUAUAAAAAUCUUCAUGGUUUGCAAUCUCUUGAUCUCAGCUACAACUCUUUCUCUGGGGGAAUUCCUAGUUUUUCAGGCCAGUUUCAGAACCUGACCCUUUUGGACCUUUCCCAUAACCAGUUCUCAGGAGAGAUACCUAUGUCCCUUUGUAGUUUGUCUAAUGUCUUGGACAUCUCAUUGAGCUACAACAAGCUCACAGGUGAAAUCCCAAGCCAGAUUGAUAGGCUAAGGCCCCUCAGUACCCUGUCUCUAAGUAAUAAUCUUCUUACUGGCUCCAUUCCAGAAUCACUUGCAAAGCUAGAAAAGCUAUGGUAUCUCAAUCUUUCAAGAAAUGGAUUCUCAGGUUCCCUGCCAAGUAGACUAGCAAAUGGAUUGCCUUCCCUUCUAUCCAUGGACCUGUCCUACAAUAGCUUGCACUUGGGAACCAUCCCAGAUUGGGUGAAGAACAGAGGGCUCAGAGAUCUCCACCUAGCAGGCUGCAAUAUAAAGGGAGACUUUGCAACUUAUACACUACCAGAUUCCCUAAACUCCAUAGACCUCUCUGAGAAUUAUCUCACAGGGAGGAUCGACAAGUUCUUCAGCAACAUGACAAUCUUGCAGGAAAUAAAACUCUCCAGCAACAUGCUUAGAUCCAACAUCUCAAGUAUUGUGCUGCCAGAUGGUCUCACCUUGCUUGACCUCCAUUCUAAUCAGCUCUAUGGGUCAGUUUCAGGUCUCCUGCAGAAGGGCAGCAAGUUUUUACAAGUAUUGGAUCUCUCACACAACAAGAUCACUGGUGGGCUCCCUGAGUUCAGUGAAGGGAUGGAAUUGAAAUGGCUUGACCUGUCAAGGAAUGGACUCACAGGCCAAAUACCAAGCUCCAUUUUGAAGCUGGCUAGCCUGGAGAGGCUGGAUCUUUCUAGGAAUCAAUUCAAAGGGAUCAUACCUGCAAGCAUGGGCCAAAUGGUGAGGCUGGAAUGGUUAGACCUGUCAAGCAAUGGUCUCACAGGGAGAAUACCAAUGAGUUUCACUGGACUUGUAAACAUCAAGCAUGCAAGCUUCAGGGCUAAUAGAUUCUGCGGGCAGAUACCCCAAACACGGCCCUUCAACAUCUUUCCUGUGGUUGCUUAUGAACAUAAUCUAUGCCUUUGUGGCAAACCUCUGCCACCCUGCAAGAAGCAAGAAGCUUUCAUAGGUGGAAGAAACUAGUCGGCAAAAUGAUGACUCAGCUAUCAAAUGGCCAACAACAUUCCAAGUCAGUAUCAGUGGGAGGGUAAUGAGGGUAUUACUUUGCUUCAUGCAGGAUUUGUAUUCUUCUCUUUUUUUUUUUACAUAUACAAUGCUUAUUCUUUUGUCUUCACUAGCGCUGUACUUAGACUUACCAGUGUUCAAAAGAAAGGUUAUGAAGAAAUAAGUAAUCAA